GUAUCCUAGCGCUCGUGCCUGUCAUAGCGCGUGCACUCUACCGGUACAUCAGUUGCAUGAUGGCCGAAGGAGGCGGACCCGAGUCGGGUAGCGCCGCAGACUCCAACUCGGAGCCGGUGACCGCGCAGAUGCCGACCCCUUCAUCCGAGAGCCAGAAACAAACCAUCGGAUCACUUCUGAAAACUCCUCUGAAAAAGGGCGACGAGUGGUAUCUUAUAGACAGUCGGUGGUUCAAACAGUGGAAAAAGUAUGUGGGAUUUGACAGCUGGGAUAUGUACAAUGUUGGAGAACGCAGCCUCUAUCCAGGACCAAUUGAUAACUCGGGGCUGUUCUCAGACCAAGAGACCCAAGCUCUCAAAGAGCACCUCAUAGAUGAGCUGGACUAUGUUCUAGUGCCCACUGAAGCCUGGGACAAGCUCGUCAGCUGGUAUGGGUGUCUGGAAGGCCAAAGACCCAUCGUCAGGAAGGUGGUUGAACACGGCAUGUUUGUUAAACACUGUAAAGUGGAAGUCUAUCUGCUGGAGCUCAACUUGUGUGAGAAUGACAACUUGGACAAUAUCGUAACACGCCAUUUUAGCAAAGCAGAUACUAUAGACACUAUAGAGAAGGAGAUGCGGACGUUGUUUAACAUCCCUUCAGAGAAAGAGACCAGACUCUGGAACAAAUACAUGAGCAACACCUAUGAGCAGCUGAACAAACCGGACAGUACCGUACAGGACGCUGGGCUCUUUCAGGGACAGGUGCUUGUGAUCGAGCGCAAAAAUGAGGACGGCACAUGGCCCAGACAGGCGUCGCACCCCAAAUCCAGCACAACGCCAUCCAGAAAUUUCUCUACCUCCCCAAAGCUGUCUUCUAAUUCGUCCAUGAGUAUAUCGCCGACCGCAACCAACGGAGACAGCAGCUCGAGUCCUGGAUACACGCUGAACAACAGCACUUCCUCUAGCAACAGGUUUGGUAACUACAACUCGUAUAACUCGUACAACUACAGAGAGUCUCAAGCACAGCCCGGCCUUUGUGGGCUCAGUAAUUUAGGGAACACGUGCUUCAUGAACUCUGCUCUCCAGUGCCUGAGCAACGCUCCUCCACUCACAGAGUACUUCCUGAACGACCAGUACGAGGCGGAGAUCAACCGGGAGAAUCCGCUGGGAAUGCGGGGCGAGAUAGCCGAGGCCUACGCAGACCUGGUGAAGCAGAUGUGGCUGAGCCGCAGCAGCUAUGUGGCACCACGUACGUUCAAAACGCAGGUUGGCCGAUUCGCUCCGCAGUUUUCGGGAUACCAGCAGCAAGACUCGCAAGAGUUGCUGGCCUUUUUGCUGGACGGACUCCAUGAAGAUCUGAACCGCGUCAAGAAGAAGCCUUACCUCGCCCUAAGAGAUGCAGAGGGUCGAGAAGAUGAGAUUGUUGCCAAGGAAGCCUGGAAGAACCAUCGCUUGCGCAACGACUCGGUAAUAGUCGACAUUUUCCACGGCCUCUUCAAAUCCACGCUGGUGUGUCCGGAGUGCUCCAAGGUGUCGGUCACCUUCGACCCCUUCUGCUACCUCACGUUGCCUCUGCCUAUGAAGAAGGACCGUACCAUGGAGGUGUUCCUGGUUCGGUCCGAUCCUCAGUCUAAACCUACUCAGUAUCGAGCGGUGGUUCCCAAACUGGGCGCUGUGGCGGACCUUUGCAGUGCCUUGUCCAAGCUCUGUGGAAUCCCUCCAGAAAAUAUGGUUGUGGCCGACGUUUACAAUCACAGGUUCCACAAAAUCUACAGACGAGACGACGGCCUCAACCAAAUCAUGGAAAAGGACGACAUAUUUGUGUAUGAGGUGCAGGAGGAGGACAGUGAAAGGAUGAACUUGCCUAUAUACUUGAGGGAGCGGCAGUCCAAGCACGCCGCCAGCUCCACUAGCACCUUGUUGUUCGGCCAGCCUUUACUCAUCACUGUGCCCAGACAUAACCUCACCGAGGACGUUUUAUAUGAGAAGAUACUGGAGAGGAUCGGGCGCUAUGUAAAGCAUCCCCAGAGCCCCAAUAGUGAAAGUAAGGCCUCGGCCUCUGCGACUGUGUCCAGCUGCAACCAAGCUCCCGAAAGCUCCACGUCGUCUUGUCCGGGUGGGUGCAGCAGCCCCCUGUCGGAUGGAGCCUCCUGCAGUGCCAGCUCCAGCAACGACAGCAACCAUUCAGGGACGGGCAGCAAAACCAACGGGGUCUUUGACGGUGAAGAGGAGGCCAUGGACCACCAGGUGAGUCCCGAACCGGAGAACGGGCUGUCCGAAGAAGAAGAGGAGGAAACGUCCGACUUGGAAAACGGCUCCAAAGUCCAGAAGGCCAAACUCUUCACUUUCAGCAUAGUUAACUUUUACGGAACGGCCAACAUCAGCUCGCUGCCUCGUGACGGAAAUGUCCUCAAACUCAACCCUCAUUCCACCGUCGCCAUCGACUGGGACACGGAGUCGAAGAAGCUGUUCUACGACGAGCAGGAAGCAGAGGCCUAUGAGAAGCACGAGAGCAUGCUGCAGCCUCAGAAGAAGAAAACCACCGUGGCUUUGAGGGAUUGUAUUGAACUCUUCACCACCAUGGAGACUCUUGGAGAACACGACCCCUGGUAUUGUCCAACAUGUAAGAAACACCAACAAGCCACAAAAAAGUUUGACCUGUGGUCUUUGCCUCGCAUUCUGGUGGUUCAUCUGAAGCGUUUUUCCUACAAUCGCUGUUGGAGGGACAAGCUGGACACGGUGGUGGACUUUCCUAUCGGAGAUCUAAACAUGUCAGAGUUUGUUUGUGACCCAAAGGCAACCCCCUACGUCUAUGACCUCAUUGCUGUGUCCAACCACUAUGGAGGAAUGGGAGGAGGCCACU